AUAGUUGCCACUCAUAUUUAUUCAAGCACUCGCGCAUCUCGGAGACUAAGAAAACGAAACAGACUUAGUUUAAAAUAUUGGAAUUUACUUUUCGGCUACAACGAUGACUGAAAGUGUCAGUGAAGGUGCAACGAAACUGGAUUUUGAAACUGUUUUGAAUAAUGUCGUAGGAGAAUUUGGCAAAUACCAGUUCAUUAGUAUCUUAUUGUUAGCAAUACCAGCGGCGUGUUCGGGGUUUAUGGCUGGAGAUUACAUUUUUACUGCAGCCAGGCUUCCACAUCGAUGCGCCGUGCCACUAUGUGAUGGAUUAGAACCAGAGUACCUACCGGACUGGAUAUCAAAUGCAAUACCAGAAACUGCCACAGGCUUUGAUGAAUGUAACCGAUAUAUAAACAUAACAGACAGUAGUAAUACUACUCUGGGUGAUGAGUGUCCCGUAAGCAUGUUUGACAGAAAUAGAACCGAGUCUUGUGACAGCUUCGUGUUCGAGACAACGAACACCGUUGUGUAUGAUUUUAAUUUACAAUGCCAAGAAUGGCGAAGAGCUCUGGCUGGGACGUUCAAUAGCGUUGGAGGAAUGGUAGCUCUAAUUAUUGCCGGUUACAUAUCGGACAACUUGGGUCGACGAAUGUCUAUAAUAUUUUUUGGAUUUAACGAAGCACUGACUGGUCUGAUAAGAGCAUUUUCCGUUAACUAUGCGAUGUACGUUGCUUUUCAAUUUUUGCAGACGGCAACCGGCGGCGGGAUAUAUAGCGCCAGUUACAUUCUAGCGACAGAACUAGUUGGGCCAAAGUACCGUGUUCUUACAAGCGCUACAAUGUCAUCUGCAUUUGCUGCGGGUCAAAUGAUAGUGGGCCUUGUAGCUUCAGUAGUAACGGAAUGGCGACAUUUAACCUUGGUGCUCUUUUGCCCCGUAUUUCUUAUAGUGUUUUACCACUGGAUUGUUCAUGAAAGUCACCGUUGGUUGCUGAGCCAAAAUAAACAGGAACAAGCUAGAGCCACGCUUAAUCACGUAGCUGGUGUCAAUGGACGUACUAUUUUAGUGUCCGAUAUGGAAUACUUGUUGACAGCGAUACCAAGAAAAAUAGAAGCAAACAAGAGUGAUACCAAAACACCUUUAUUUAUGCGAGUCGUUAAAAGUCGUGUUAUGUUACGAAGGUGUUGCACUACUCCGGUUUGGUGGAUUACUACUACUUUCAUUUACUAUGGUUUGUCAAUAAACUCAGUUAGUCUCUCAGGAAAUAUGUAUAUGAAUUAUGUUUCGACCGCAGCCGUAGAAAUUCCAGGCUAUUGGAUGGCAGUUUUAGUAUUGGAUAGAAUAGGAAGAAAAGUGACUUUAUUUACGGGUUACAUGUCGUGCGCCAUUUGUUGCAUUUCAUUUGCUUUUAUCCCUAAUAAUAUGUAUGGUUUGUCACUAGCUUUAUACCUUACUGGCAAAUUUAGUAUAGCUGCCGUCUUCACUUCAUUGUAUUUGUAUACUUCUGAAUUGUAUCCUACGAGGCAUCGACACUCGUUCCUGGGGUAUUCUUCAAUGAUGGGUCGCAUAGGUUCCAUUAUAUCUCCACUGACACCGCCUCUGAUGGAGUAUUGGUCGGGAAUACCGUCGGUGCUGUUCGGCGCGAUGGCGGUCAUCUCGGCGGUGUUGGUUCUCUCGCAGCCGGAAACCUUAGGAACCAAACUACCAGACACCAUAGAAGACGCGGAGCUUGUUGGAUCUGCGUAAAAGAAUAAUAU